CCUCCUCAAAUCCUUCAUACUCCUUCUCAUCCCUCUCGACCCUCUCCCUCGCCCAGAUGCGCCUCUGGUCCGUCUCCCCUGCGCUCCUCGACCGCGCCGCCCUCAUAGCGUGCUGGCGCGAGGCGCUGCUCGCGCAAAAAGUCCUCGCGGGCCUCACGAAGGGCUACACAAAACACCCGCAGCUCACGCGCUUUCGCGCGCACCCCGACCCGCUGUCCGCGAUCGGCUUCUUCCUCGGCGAGCUGCAGCGCGAAGCGACCGCGCGGGGGUACGUCUUCAACGCGGCGCUCAUCGCGGCGCCGAGCGCCACGCCGCCAGGCAUACCCGUGCACGAGGGGCAGGUCGCUUACGAGCUCGAGUGGUUGCGGAGCAAGGUGCGGCGGCGGGAGCCGGCGUGGCUUGCGGCGCUCGAGGGCGUCGAGGUUGCGAUGAGUGCCGCCGCGUCGUUCGUCGUUGUCCCCGGCGGGAUUGAGGAGUGGGAGAAGAUCGCGGAGCCGAAGGUUAAGAAGGAGAGGAGGAAGGUGAAGACGGAGGAGGGAGAGGGUAGGCCUAAGGUUGAGAGGACGAGGUCGGCGCCGCCGCGGCUUGGGAGUCGGCGCUCGGAGCGGCUCGCUGCUACGCCUCGGUAGCGCUUUCGCACCACACACCGAUCAAACUCGGGGCGUGGUCCUUGGCAGUUGACACCAGCGACUCUCGCUCAAGGCUAUGGCGUAUCCCAGUGACGACGCUGCACCGUCUCGACGUUACGAUGCACC